CUGUCAACUUGCAUUUCCAAUUGGACAUUUGAAAAAUGUUGACAUUACUUUGACAAAGUUCGGAUAAGGAUUCUUUCGUUUAAGAAUUUUAUACAAGAUGGAAUCGCCGGCGGAAUUUCGAGAUUUUGCAGCGCUGAAAAGGGAGAAGUUCAAUGAUGAACGAAUAUCAACAAUAACCUCACGCGAACAGAUAAACACCGAGCAUCUGAUCGAGAAGUGUUUCGAUCGUUUCGAACAGCUUAAAUGCUUGGACCAAUCGCUGCCUUAUUUCUAUCGCGAUCAGCAUAUCAGAUAUCUAGAAAAUGCCUUGAGAUAUUUGUCGUCGUCAUACGAAUGUUUGGAUAGCAGCCGGCCGUGGCUGGUUUAUUGGAUUCUGAAUCCAGCGCAUUUGCUCAAUUUCAAGUUUAGCGACGAAUUGCUGGAUAAUGUCGUUGACUUUUUAGAAAAAUGCCGUGCUCCGACUGGCGGCUUCGGUGGUGGCCCUGGACAAUAUGCACACUUAGCCCCUACCUAUGCCGCUGUUAAUAGUUUAUGUAUCAUUGGGACAGAAAGAGCGUACGAAGCGAUUAACAGGAAAACCCUUAAACAGUUUCUUUUAUCUGUUCGAGAUCCAGAUGGUGCAUUCAGACUACACGUGGAUGGAGAAACUGAUGUUAGAGGCGCUUACUGUGCCCUGUCUUGUGCCAAACUAGUAAAUUUUUCAGAAGAAGAAGAAAAGGAAGUUUUCCGUGGAACAGCCGACUGGGUAGCAAGUUGUCAAACUUACGAAGGAGGUUUCGGCGGUGCUCCAGAUCUAGAAGCACACGGAGGUUAUACAUUUUGUGGGAUCGCUUCUCUAGUCUUUUUAGGUUGUACGGAUAAAUGCAAUCUUGAUCGUUUAUUGAAAUGGACAGCAUCGCGUCAAAUGCGUUUCGAAGGCGGAUUUCAAGGUAGAACGAAUAAAUUAGUAGACGGGUGUUAUUCUUUCUGGGUUGGAGCCAUUUUCCCAAUAGUGAAAGCAAUACUUAUGAAAAACGAUCCAGCUGCCUCUGAAAUUUUGCAGAACCAUUUAUUGAACAGUGAAGCUUUGCAAGAAUAUAUUCUGUUAUGUUGCCAGAAGCCAAACGGUGGUCUUAUUGAUAAGCCAGGAAAACCACAAGACUUGUAUCACACGUGCUACACAUUAAGUGGCGUAUCAGUUGCUCAACACUGCAGUAGUUACUUGCAACCAUACGUUCUAGGAAAUCCUGAAAACGAACUGUUACCUGUGCAUCCGCUCCAUAACGUACCUCCAAUGUCUGUUAUAAAUUGUAUAAAAUAUUUUCAAAAAUGCAGUUUUUAUGAUGAUGAAAUGUCGUCCGAUAAAAGUGACGAGACAAAUAACUCGAAACCUUCAAGUUAAAUUUACCAAAAACUAGCUGUUCUGAUGUUUCACUACUUAGUGUGGUGUAUUUUUUAUAAAAAGAAUAGACAAAUAGAGAUUGCAUUAGCUUUCCAUCGGUUGCUAAUUGCUCGUGUUCACGAAAA